CACCAAAUAAAAGCCACCCAAAAGCACUAAAAACACAAACAGAGAAGAGAUAUAAUUGAAAGAAAAGAAAAAUGGUUCUGCUAGAGAAACUUUGGGAUGAUGUAGUGGCCGGACCUCAACCGGAACGUGGCCUUGGCCGGCUGAGGAAGAUCACAACCACCCCACCCUUGUCCACCAAAGAUGAGGCUUCAUCAAUGGCGAUGCCGACGAGUCCGACGACACCUGGGACACCAUCGACGCCGGUGUCGGCUCGUAGGGACAACGUGUGGAGGAGCGUGUUCAAUCCAGGUAGCAACCUUGCAACCAAAGGUAUUGGCGCUGAAGUUUUCGACAAGCCUCAACCUAACUCUCCUACUGUUUAUGACUGCAACCAAACGGAGGCUCAGAGACAGAUCAUGCAGGAAAACUUGGCUCUUUGUUUGGUAGCUGCGUGGAAAUAACAGUAUGCUGCUUUACAGCGGGGAGACCCGGAGCAAGCAUCACCGCUGAUUGGGCGAUGGCUGACGGCGGCGGAGGGUAGCAAAACCACUAGCAGAAGGUUGCUGCUACUGAAGGAGCAGGAUUUGCAUGUAAAUAUAUAUAUAUAUAUAUAUCGUCCUUUUUAAAAGUUUUUCAAUGGGUCAAUUAAGUAUAGUAGUAGUAAGUAAGAUGUUUAAAAGAGUAAGCGGCAGCGCAGGGUGGUCGAUGACCUUAUGUCAUUCAAGAUUCCGGCCGUGAGCGGCGGCAGCUGCUGCUAUAUUAAAUUAUUAUUAAAUAAAGGGAAGGGGUAUUGUACGAAUGAUGUUGCGUUAGUAUGUGAUUGGAACAUCAAUUUAUUAAUUAAUUUUGGGUUUUUAA